AUGUCUCUAGGCCGCCGCAUUAACCUUCUGGUUGGCCUCUCAAAGUCUCUACAAUUCACAAAUCGUCGUUACAUGUCCACCUGCGUCGCCUCAGCCACCGUGGCUCGCUACCCACUUGGAAAAGACCCCUCCUGGCUUCCCAAAACCCCGACGUUGGAGGAUGCAAAUCCGGCGGCGGAUCACGUAAUGGGGCGUCCGGUUUCUCUCUUAUACAGAGUCUUGACGAUGAUUGAGCUAUCAGAUCUUAAUGGAGCCGUCGAGUUGGCUCGCCUCUCUGUCUUGAAAGACGUUGGUCGUCGCCAUGACACCAUCCUCAUAUGCAACGCCGUCAUCGGGGCCAUGUGCCAAGGGAAACGUUUCGAAGAAGGCAUCGCUCUGUUUCAUUACUUCUUCAACGAGAAUAACAUCGUCCCUAACAUCGCCUCCUUCAACCACGUGAUCAAAGCCUUUUGUGAGCUAGGCCGUGUGGACGACGCCCUUCAACUCUACCGUCACGCUGCUCGGUUCGGUGCAGACAAAGAGACAUUCAGUGUUUUGACUCAAGCCUUGGUUGACGCAUAUGGUUACUCGGAAGCUGGAAUAUUCGUGGGAUUAAGUAGAUGCUUAACUAGGGCAGAUGAUUGGACCCCCAUGCUCAUUGAGAUGCGUGGGCGCUUGGAUCAGAUGAAUGCUGAAGAUGCUGAUGAUUACUUUCACACGAAUAGGCUGAAAUUCGAUGAUGAUGAUGACGAUGAUGAAGUUUUCAAAUCGAUUGCUACGAUUUUUGUGGAAUAUUGGUUCAAACAUGGCAAUGAAGAGAAAGCUAUGGAGCUUUUGCUAGCACAUGGCAAGGACGUAGAGGCUGGGGCCUUGUUCGAAGUAAAGGCUAAGGACUUGUUCCACACCAUGUUGAAAAAACACAAACGUUUUGAUUCGGAGACCGUUAAUAUAAUGGUGGACUACUGGUUCGAGAUUGGCGAGUUUAACAAAGCCAUGGAGACAUUCAACGAGUCACAACAGGGAAGCAAAAGAAUGGUUCGGUGUUAUAGUAACGUGAUCGCUAGGCUUUGCGAGCAUGGGAUGAUGUUGGAGGCUGAAGGUUUGUUUGAGGACAUGUGUUCAGACAAAGACUUGUCUCCUCCUCCUGAUGUGUCUACAUUCAGAUCCAUGGUCAAUGGAUAUGUUCGUGCUGGAAGAGUUGAUGAUGCCAUCAAAACCUCGAACAAAUUAGCAAUUUUGAAACUGCGCAAGGUUUCUAUUUACGAGGACUGA